AUGACGAUCUUGCUUUUCACAUCUUCCUCGCUGAUCUCGGUGGCUAAAGAUUCAGCUGCAAGAAGAACAAGAAUUAGCUGUUCUCGAGAUUCUGUUGUCAAAAUGCAGAAGAAUCUCAUUGGCACAGACUCUGUCUACUCUAGUUUCAGCUUAUGUCCUUGCGGAAGAAGGCAUUUCCUAGGAGAAGCUACGACGCCGUUUCUUCCCAUUUCUCCUUCCUACGUUUCUCGAGCCUCUGCUUCUAACUCAACGGACGUUUUGAACAAACUGCGUCCUCCAAAAGCAGAUUGGUAUCUUGAGCUCUACGGUUGGUUUAGGACACGAGAGAAGGAGAAAUGUGAGAAAGAGAUUGCAUGUUACAAGACAAAACUCUUUGAAAAUUUGGUCGGAAAAGCAGAAAGAGUUUUGGAGAUUGGCAUUGGAGCUGGUCCAAACAUCAAGUACUACAACACUAUUCCAAACGUCUCUGUUCUUGGUGUUGAUCCAAACCCUAAAAUGGAGUCUUACGCACGCAAGUCCGCUAUAAAAGCAGGACUGAAAUCCGAAGACUUCAAAUUCAUUCACGCGGUCGCAGAAUCUAUACCAUUAGAAGACGCAUCAGUUGAUGCAGUUGUGGGAAGUCUAGUGAUGUGUUCUGUCACAGAUAUCACUCAAACGCUUAACGAGAUAAAACGGAUUCUAAGGCCAGGAGGAGUUUACCUCUUCAUGGAACAUGUUGCAGCUGAAGAUGGAUCAUUCCUGAGGUUGGUGCAGAAUGUGUUGGAUCCAGUGCAACAAGUUGUGGCCGAUGGGUGUCAUCUAACGAGGCACACAGGAGAUUACAUAUUAGAAGCUGGAUUCAAUGGCGGUGUAGAUAUUAACAAGGCUUCUCUUUCUAGCUUUUAUCACUUAAGCCCUCAUGUCUAUGGAGUUGCUUAUAAAUAA